ACCGAAAGGUCAUAAUGUUGGUAAACCAUAUCCAGUUCCUUUUGAAGAAUAUUAUGAGAAUAAAGGGCUUGAUUUUCUUGCUUUUGGAGAUUGGGGAGAACGAAGACCUGAGUCAGGACAAUUUCAAGUAGCCGAAGCUUUACACACCUGGGCUAAUAAAGAUACAUUAUUUAUAGUUAAUGUUGGUGAUAAUUAUUAUCAAAAAAACGAUUCUCUUCCGUUCAAUGAUCCAAAAGACCACGAAGGUGUAUUGAGUAUAAAUGAUCCAAAAUUUCAGACCUAUUGGUUAAAUGUAUAUCAAGGCAGAUUGAACAAAAUAUAUUGGUACACGGUGGCAGGAAAUCAUGAUUGGUAUACCAACUUAACCGCACAAGUGGAUUACUUUUGGAAAAAAAACAUACGAUUUUUUUUCCCCUCACUUUAUUACGUUCGAAGGGUUUAUUUUGGGCCAAACAACAAUAAUUUGGCGGUCUUUAUUCAUAUAGACACUAACCCAUUUUACUACAAAUAUAAAACGUAUGCCGAAAAAGAUGACAUGAAACGCAAUCUUUUAGUUCUCAAUCUAAAUCAUAAAUCAAAAGUAGAAAAACGAUUAAAAUGGAUAGAAGAUCAGUUGAUUGCCGCUCAGGACGCAGAUUGGAUUUUUGUUGUUGGUCAUCAUCCCCUUGUUGGUGCAUGCCAAACAAAACACCCAUCAUCUUAUUUAAUGUACAAAUUUCCACCACUUUUUAAAAAAUAUAACGUAUCUGCUUAUAUUGGCGGUCAUAUGCAUGACCUUGAACUCUCUGCUGCAAAUAGUACAACAAGCGUUACAUAUUUCGGUGUAGGUGGUGGUGGUGCUAAGGGUACAGACACCUGUGGUGAUGCGACAUGGGCUGCACCUUAUACUUUUGGAUUUUUGCGUGUCAAUAUUCCACAUGGUGAUAUUUUAUACUUUGAUUUCAUAGAGGCUAACGAAACAGAUAAACCUCCCCACAUCUCUUGUUCGGGUAAAGUUUAUUCUCGUAAAUGGCAUUGCAAAUAA